GGAAACAACAAAAGCCAUUCCACGAAGCGAUCACAACCCACAUCCUCUAUACCUUCACGAGAACGAACGAACAUGGCAGCCAAUUCAUCCGAAGCCGGUGUUGAAACCACCUCACCAAGCAUGCUCGAGAGAAGAAACAGUUUGGAGAAGCAUUUACAGCAGCGUCCAGAUGAGCAGGACUUGAAGGACAGACAUAUUCUGCUGGACACAACCGCAGCGCCGGCGUUGCAGGCGCGACAACAAGAGUUGGAGAGGCAGAGGAUUACGGAUAACCUUAAGAAGGGUCUCAGCCAUCGCUCCGACAAGGAGACACUCAUUGCAAAGAACAUUCUCCCAGAGUCGACGGCAGCUCCUGCUAUCCAGGCUCAGCAGAAGGAGUUGGAGCACCAUAUGCGCGCAGACAGCUUGGAAAAGGCGCUGAAGGAGCGUCCAACGCAGGAACAGCUGGUCAAAGAUGGCAUCCUCAAAGACGAGAAUGCGGUGUGAAGGAAGUGGAUUUUGGCAGGAAUAGUGACUAUAAGUGUGGAUCAUUCAUCAUUAUUAUUGCCCCGGUCCUGCGAGGCCUCGUGGAGGUGGACUCGCAGACGUGGCGAGUGGGAUUGCGUAGCAUCCGAGGUGGAGACUGGACUGUUUCAAAACGC